UUCAAAAGUAAUCAAGAGGGGAUUACCCGAAAACUGAAUUUUCUUGUCAUAAAGUAGUAGUAUGUUUAUUAAUUACAGUCUCAAGUCGUAGUCUGCAGUCACAGUUCAGUCUAGUCCAGACUUGUUCCGCAGUGUGCAUUUGAUACUGCUGUUAACAAAUUGUGCCGUAAAGUUAAAAAAAAAUUCAAAACUUAGUGCAAAGUUACUAAAAUUACCACGGUAAAAGGAGGACAUAUCGCACUUAGGAAUUGUUGAAUAUGCCUAGCAAAAUGGAAUCAAUUUUCUACAAAUGUGUUAUUACCAGGAAUGGACGAGAAGUAUUUAAAAUGCCAAAAAAUUACAAACGUAUAUUUGCAAAUAAUCUUAAUAUUCCGAAAAACUGUACUGCGGAAGAUAGAGAAAACAUAGCGGACAUAAAGGAUAUCCUAUCGACUGGUCCCACACGAGAUAAUUAUAUUCGUUUUUUUCAUACUCUUCUGUGGUACGAAGAAACAAUUCUUAGGAUUAACUUGAAGAAAUACAACAAACCAUCUUUACCUUUACAACGUGAAAUUGGUUGUUAUGUACUAACUGUACCUGGUUUGGCAGAAAAGAGGCCAUCACUGAUGAUUGGCGAUUUUCUAUUAGUUAUACCGCCGGACUCCGGUGUGGUAUUCGAAGGCGUAAUUAACGAUACGACUGAAACCACCGUUAAAAUUCAAGGACUGCACAAAGAUUUUGACGCAUAUUACGAAAGAAAUAAAGUCUUCGAAAUUCGUUUUAUAUUAUCCCGGUCCUCAUUAGAACGUAUGCACCAAUAUGUCCAAUGUAUUAAACAAGAACAUCAAGAGUCCAAGACAUUUCCUACCAAAAGUAAAAAAGUGAAAAAAGUAUAUCCGAUUUCAAUGUUCUACAAUGCACUGAUUGGCAAUAAUGUGGAACAACGUAUGGCUGUGGAAAAUAUAGUAAGUAAGACCAGUGGACGAGCACCUUACUUACUACACGGCCCGCCCGGUACUGGCAAAACUGUGACAGUUGUUGAAGCUAUACUGCAGUUGGUGCAGAAAAAUUCCAAUAAUCGAAUACUGGUGUGCACGGAUUCCAACAUGGCCGCCGACCACGUGGCAGCGGCUCUCGUAAAAUACAGGACAAGGUUUCCGCAAAAGAAUUUUCUGUUGCGCGCCAAUUCUAAACUUAGAGCUUGGGAAACGUUACCAGAGAGCGUUGCGCCGUUCUCUAACGGCACUAACCGCGAUGACUUCGAGGAGGUCACCAUCCAGGAAUUUAUGAGUUACAACAUUACCAUAACCACAUUGGCACAUUCUUCUGUAUAUGCCACGCGGCUGAAAGCUGAAAAAUACGAGCGGUAUAUAACCCACCUAUUUAUAGAUGAAGCGGCCCAGGGUAAUGAGCCCCAAUGUUUGAUACCGAUAUGCGGUUUGCUAUCAUCUAAAGGAAGUUUAAUCCUAGCCGGCGAUCCUCUACAGCUAGGUCCGGUCAUAAUUUCACAUUCCGCCAGGAGUUAUGGUCUAGGCGUAUCGCUGAUGGAACGUCUUCAGAAAACAUUUCCAAUGUACCACCCUGAAGAUGGUGACCCUAACUAUACUGUCAUGCUGAGGAAUAACUUCAGAUCGAACCCGGACAUACUGCGCAUUCCGAACGCGUUAUUCUACAAUGAACAACUCAAUGCUAAAGCAGCAAUAGAUCCUAUAAGCAAUACUGAUAUUUUACAUGAAGGUCAUCCCAGCCGCGCUAUUGCCUUCCACGGAAUAUUAUCUAGGGAGGAGAAAUCAAGUGCGUCGACUAG